AUGACUGCAGAACAAAAUAAUGCGACAACAGCCUCAAGUCCUCCUUUUUGUGAUGACGGUUGCAACUAUUUACGUACGUACGGAUCACAUGAGAAAGUUGAGGGGGAGGAGAAGGAAAACACAGGGGUUAAACAUGUCAAAAAAGAUGAAGGGGAAUUUCUAGAGAGUGAGAAGCAGCUUCCUGUUGUAAAGGUAGUGGAUGUUGAGAAGCACUUGUACAUGUCAGUGGCACCUGAUCCAGACAUUUUGAUUCGAACUUCAGGUGAGACAUGCUUAAGCAAUUUUCUGCUUCGGCAAACUUCUAACUGCCCGUUGUACUCCCCUGCUGCACUGUGGCCGGAUUUGGGUUUGCGGCACUUGGUUUGGGCAAUUCUGAACUUCCAGAGAAACCACUACUAUUUGGAGAAGAAAAGGAAGCAGAUGUAA